AUGGAUGAAGCUGAGACCAUUGAUGAUCUCAAGGCCAAUUUGGAUGAAUAUCAAAAACAAUUGGCUACAGUAGAGGAUUCUUUAAAGCAAGACCCAGAAAACCAAGAAUUAAUUUCCCUUAAAAGAGAUUUAAAUGAAGUUAUUAUUCUCACCAAUGAUUUAAUCAAGUACAAGCAAUCCAAUGAAGGUAUUUUGUUGUUUGUCAAAGUUUUUUUAGAACUUUUGAAGCAAGGUGUUAUCCACCUGGAAGAUAUUAAGGAUGUAGAUAUUACAACAUCAAUUUUCAUAGGACGCACAUGUGUUGUACUGUACAAUGGGAAACAAAAAUAUGGAGAAGUCGUCCAAGUUAUGGGAGACCAGCCAAAUGAUUUGACAGUUAUUGAAUUGCUAGGGUCACGAGAAAAGUGUAGCCUUUGUCUUAAGGACCUGAGAUUGUUAGAGCCUCCAUUACCUGCACAGUGCAAACCUGGAUCCUUAGUUCAGGCGCUGUACGGUGAAGAUGGGUAUGAAGAUGGUUACAUAUAUUUAUUUAGGCGUUGGUAUGAUUGUAUUAUAAAUCGGCAAACAGAAAAGGGAUAUAUUGUAACAUAUAAAGAUUAUAAUACUUCCGAAGAAGUACAAAGAGAUAGAGUAAAAACCAAAAUCAAGGAAGUUAAAGAAAUAGUAACUCCAGCUGGUUAUGUUAUUCCAGAGAAUUUAAUAAUCAAAAAAACGGAUAACGAAAAGGAGAAAUUGAGAAAGAGAAAAUUGGUCCAAACACUCAAAAAACAACAAAAAUCACAAAAAGAAGAUGAAGAAUCAUAUAAAAGAGCAAGUAAUUGGAGAAAAUUCCAAAAGAAGGUAACGAAUUUUUAA